GGUAGGUAGGUAUGUCGGGGCCGCGAGAAACAGUCAUGCUGGUGUGGGCAAAUCUGCCACUUACAUUGGCUGGACUUGCUACGCAUACAUACCUGGGGAUCGCUGGCACUGCCGCCUGCACCGUCUGUAUGCAUCCUACCUCACACACCGCAUUGCUAUCGUGUUCUCGCCAUCUACAUCGACUCGGUGCGCGCAUAUGCUUGCUCGAUCGCAUACAUCCACCUCGGGCACCUGCGCUUAGCCAACCCCUCCUUUGCCCCCCACCGACCUAUCUCCAUACGGCAUACGCGCAUACAGCAGCUACCCUGGGAGUUGCACCACCGCAGCCUCGCUCGCUUGCUACGUAAUCCCA